UUCCUGAUGACGUUUUUCCAGUUAAGGCAGGCCCCGUGUUCGUCCUUGGGUUCCGCCGUUCGAGGUUCUUCUCUCUCAGCCGGAGCAGCGCCGCUACCAUGGUGUCGUACUGGAGACAGGCCGGCCUCAGCUACAUUAGGUACUCGGCUAUCUGUGCCAGGGUGGUCCGGGCAGCUCUGAAGCCUCAGAUCCGGACAGAAGCUCUGAAAGAGGCAGAGUCCAGCGUGAAAGUCACCAAAGUGAAAACGGCAUGAUGGCCGGUCACAGAAGAUCCUGCUUAAGAUUUGGACGUGUCUGUUCCAGCAUGAUAACCUAGUGACCACCUGGAAGACCUUAGUGAAUUUACCCCAGAUUUAUCCUUUUGAUAAUAAAUUAUGAAGAAUCUCAUGUUAA